AGCUGUACAUGGUGCACAGCCCGGGUCUGUGGUCCGAGCCCGGUGCUAAGCGGUGCAGCCUGGCCCGUGGUGCCGUCCUAACGGUGCCCGUUGUCGUGGAGCGAGCAGGCGCCGUCCUCGACUGGCGCUUCCAGUGCAAGUCGCACGACCUGUGCUUCGGGCUGACGCUCCAGAACGGCGGCCAGUCGAGCAGCGAGCUGCUGCCCGCGAGGAGGGUCAAGUGCAACCAGGUUCCCGAAAGCGGACAGCUCGAGUGCCAGGAGCCGGGAACAUACAUCUUCAAGUUCGACAAUAGGCACAGCUGGUUUACGAAGAAGGAUUUCUGCUACAUCGUCGGGGUCAAGGACCAGGAACAAACACCGAACGGCGGAUCCUCGGAGGUCUCUCAUUGAAUGUGCGCGCACAGUGGGAGAAGUGGAGCCGGCGUGGACUGUCUCGUAGCCUACGAGCGUCCGGGACGAGAGACACCACUCGAGUGAGCCACGGAUGACCGCGGGAGGAAAAGUGCGACAGGAUCGUUUCUGCGAGUGCGGUGAACCUACAGCCGCCCGUCACACUGCUCGUGUACAUCGUACAAACGACGCGGUGUUCGCUGGAGACACGAUGACAUUUGCACACACGCCUCGGGCAUGUUCGAAACACGUCUGGUUUAUACACAUGUGUGCUCCGAACACGUCUGCGGAAAGUCUUAGUAUCACUAUGGUGCCUGGAACGCGUCUCUAACCGGUGUGUUUACCGCGUCCAAAAAGUGGUCCCUCGAUUUCCU